GUGUACCGCGUAUUCGUGGAGGGUGAGCUGGAGUACGAGUCCGUGGCCGCGGCGAUCGAGAAGGUCCGCCCCGCCGGGUGCCGAGCCGCCCGCCUCGUCGCCAAAUACGUGGACGACGAGGGGGACCUCUGCACGCUGUGUUCGGCCACCUUCGACGACUUCCUUGAGUGUUCUGGUGCGGCUACCUCGUCUGGCCCCCCGACGCUGCGGCUGCAGCUCUGCGAGGAGGGGCGGCUGCCCGACGAGGCGCCGCCCGCGCCGCCGCCGGCGGCGGCCCAGCCCGAGGGUGCGCGGGCGGCGGAGGGCCGCGCGGCCUGCAGCUCGUCGGCAGGAGGCGCCUGGCCUCCGCCGGACGCGCCUACGUGCGAGCAGUUCGAGGCCUGCCCCCUCAUCUUCGAAGGCCUGAAGAGGUUCAUGGAGGGGCAGUGGAAGGAGUGGAAGGCGGAGGGGUCCAGGCACUGCGGCGGCCCCGGCCCGCGCUCCGCGGAGGACGGCGCCGACUG